CCUUUUGGUCUUCCAUUAAAAUAUGCAAAUAUACUAAACUUCUUAAGUGAUUAAAGAAGCAAACAUUUUCUUUAUUCCCCUAAAACCUUGGUGUAUAAAUAAAGAGCAGAGGAGCAACUAGUACAAAAAAUAUCCCCAGAAAUUGAGAGUGUUGUGCGAUUCAAGACUGUAAGAAGAUCAUCAGAGAAAUGAAGAAAUGUGAACUGUGCAAGUCUCCGGCAAGAGUGUUGUGCGAUUCAGAUCAAGCCAAUCUGUGCUGGGAGUGCGAUGCAAGGGUUCACUCCGCCAACUUCCUUGUUGCCAAGCACACCAGAACUCUUCUCUGCCAGGCCUGCCAAUCCCAGACGCCAUGGACAGGCUCAGGCCCCAAGCUCGGCCCCACAGUCUCUGUUUGCCAGGCCUGUUUCUCCAGAAACUCCACCACCACUGCUCCAGUAGAUCAUGAUCUUGAGAAUAAUGGCGCAGAGGAUGAAGAAGAAGAUGAUAAUGAGGGAGAAAAUGGUGGAGAAGAAGAAGAAGAAGAUGAUGAUGAUGAUGAAGAAGAAGAAGAAGAGGAUGAUGAUAAUCAAGUAGUUCCAUUCUCUUCUUCAACUCAGCUGCAGCCUCCUUCCCUCCCUUCAACUUCCUCCAGCAGUGAAGAUUCUUCCACCAGAUUUUACAGAGAAACAGACCCAAAUGGGUUCCUCUCUAAAAGAACAGAUGAAAAUGCCAGUUCCCAUUAUGAUGGAAUCGAAAGACCCGAUGAGAAUGCAUACCAAAGGACUACGAGGUCAUGGACAUGGAGAUAAACCACAGAGAAGCAAAUUAAAGACUUAAUUUUUAUGAUUUGCAGUGAUAUGAUGAUGUUUGUUGCAUCAAUAAUUAAUCUUGAGUUUGUAAAUGGCAUCCAAGGUAGCUUAGCUUAGUUUUUCUUACCAAUCAACUUGCUAUUUAGUGUCUCUAAACUACUGUUCUUAACUUUUAAAAAUAUCUGCUUAGUUGAUUAGCUGAUGCUUUGUAUUUGUAUUAUAAUACCAAUUUUCUUGAAAUGGACAGUUUUGUUUUGCCCAA